UCUAUCCCCUGUGUGAACUGUGGGCAUCUGAUGGAGGUCCACCAUGAUCAUGACCGAAACCCCCCUUCUAAGGUCGCUCGAUCACUAAGAACAAAUCCUUUCAAGCUGCCGACGUCAGUGUCUCCUCGAGUACAGCUCGUAAAUGGCAUCAUCGAUAGAGCCGAAGAGUAUCGCAUGAUCCUCGUAAAGGGCACACCUGCAUGCGGAAAGACGACCACAAUGAGGCUCGUUGCCAACGAGCUACUCGCACGCCAUUCGGGAGAAAAGCCGGUACAUAUUAUCACUGGCUGGGGAAGGGAAGCAGUGGAAAAGGCAGGGGGUUGGGACGAUUAUCUGAUGCAGGUAACAGGAAUUGGAGAUUCUUGGAUCACUCGCCCGGCCUAUCUUCUGUUCGAUGAAGCCCAGGAGUCUUAUUGGGACACCACCCUCUGGUCUGUUUUUCUCAAAGGAAUCGAUCCAUUCAUUGCUGCCGAAUGUCCCUGUGUUAUCUCGUUUGCGUCAUAUGGCUCCCCCGGCCGAGGCAACCCGGGGUUUUACAAACAAAAGUACUUCAUGAUACCUAUGACCUUUGGGCCUAGACAGUUGAUCUCUAUGCGUGCUGAGGAACCUUUUAACGAAGAGGCAAUGGACUGCGAUGAUGAGGAUGUCCUGGGCCUGCUGCUGGAUGCCGAGGAGGCAACUAAUGUUAUGAAGAAGUAUAUGAACGCGACGGGCUCUCCUCCCCUGUCGAAGGACUUGAUGGAUGAGCUGUUCCUCAUCAGCAAUGGGCAUGUCGGAUGCCUCACCGCACUCAUGGGAGUUCUAGGACAGGCGGCAGAACUGGAACAUCAAAGACGUCAUGAUCACCAGCUUGAGCUCGAUGCUGUUCGCGAAGGCCUGUUCAACCACCCUGAUAGAUUAUUUCGCUACCUGAAGCACGCACCCUUCAUGAGAGGCAUGCCAAAUGACGAUAUUCUCCAGCGUCAGGGCGUAGCGACGGUCUUCAAGCGAGCGAUAGCCUGUGAUGAAGUUAUCGCGGAUGAUUUCAAGGACACCAAAGAAGUUGAGACGCUGGACAUGAUAUGGAGGAAUGGCUGGCUGUAUGCCCAGAAGAUAAAUUACAGAGUUCAGUACAUGUUUCCCAGUAGCAUCCAUCGUUGGUUCUGUUCCUACAUGUUGCAUCAGAAGGUGCCCGCCGGUGUAAUUCACUUUACAACGGCAUUAGAUUUAGCUAUAGGCGCUAUUCGAGGCUUCAUCCCUCGCCACCUUUCUGAACCUCCACGGUCGUCAGCAGGCGGGACUCUUCCAUUGGAGGAUCAAUAUCAAAAAGAGUUUUACCGCUCCUUUUAUACUCAGUUAGAUGGACAGGUCCUCAUCUCUCCUGAGUACAUCGCGAAGAAAGACAAAGGAGGUGGCACAAUCGACUUUCUUGUCUCAGCCAAGAAAUGGGGGUUUGAGUUGUUGAGAAACCGCGAUAAGCUGGUAGAACACAUGGAAAGGUUCAAGCCUGGUGGCGCAUAUUACAGUAUGAUAACAUCAAACACCAUGCAGCACUACGUUGUGCUAGAUCUUUUAACUUCGAAACCAAGGAAAUCACGUCCAGAAUACCGUGAUCACCUCUACCAUGUUGUGUUUUCGAAUGACUACCGAGACGUUAGCAUUAUUGACGGCUCAGAUCUUCAAACAAUUACUUCAUUUACCCUUUCAGAGAACUCUAACCCACUGGCAUAAUUCUUUCGUGUUCCUCGGUACAAGAGAAGUGCGCAUACUCUAGAUUCACAAUUGAGGGACAAUGCUAUUACAAGCUACAGGCUACAGCUUACAUGUUGCUUCGGAGCUAGAGAUGCGAUCAUGGUGAUGCCAAGUAAAUUCACGAGGUCACUUUGCUCGCAUCGCAGUCUGCCAACCUACUUUGCUCGCAUCAGGACACGGUC